UGAACGCCACGAUUGUUUCUUAGGAAAAGACUAGCCGGAAAUGGAGGAGGUACCAGAAGAAAAUCUGAAAAUAAAGGUAAAAGAAGGUGAGAACCAUGAGGAAUAUGAAGAAGAAAUAUCCUGGACUCGAGGUCGCGUGCCGUUGGCUGCCUUGUUUCCUCAAUUUUUUUAUCUCGAAUCCUCCUUAUUGUUCUUAAGCUCGUUAUGUCAGGAUCGUUGGCCCAUUGUGGCCACCAUUGUAAUGGCAUCUGUCGUUCAUCCCUAGGAAAAAGGCACCUAACCUAGUAACCAGAGACCCCGAAGGAAAAUAAGUCCGGGAAAUCGGAAAUUGAAAAUUAAUUUACGGCAUAGACCACAAGACCAGUGUCGAUGAUUACGUGUAAUUUUCUUCACGAAUUUCGCCUGCACGGAUCCCAAAACUGUGUAUAGCAGCAUCUACCUAGAUUUCCAAAAUGAAUCCUUCAUUAUUUCUACAGCCUAUCAUAUAGAUAAAUACUAAAUAUCCAAUGUACAACACAACCACCAUCAUUUUUUGAAUAUGUUUAGUAACUAAUCUCCAAAAAUUAAAUUUUUCAAAAUUAUUCUCCAUCAAAAUAAUACCUUUUUCAGGUACAUCAGCUGGUUAACUAUUUGGAGCAGGUAUCUUACCCUUACACAUUGAUGAGGGUCCCUUUAAAGUUCUACUAUAUACAGAUAUCUAUAUACUAUAUGUACAGGUAUGUACCAUAAAUAAAGUGAAUACAGUCAAGAACCAAGUGGCAGUAACGGUAGUGGGGAGCGAAGGUAGUAGGUUAUAGGUACUGUAGGUAAAGGUACGAACGCGUGGCACCAGGUGCGUAUUAUCUAGGGAUGAGCACGAAACGAGGCGGCACCAUAUGUUGAUGUGCCGAAGAACGCCCCGGCACGCGCCACAUUCGAACGCGAACCUUUACUCGGCGAGGACGAAGAGAACGUUCUCUUCUCAUUCCUCGAGAAUACGUGGUGCAUUCCUCAUUGCGUAGCUACAUUGAAACAUAGCAAAGAGAAAAGUCUGAUUAAAAAAAAAAGAACACGCGAACAAAGUAACAAUAAAGUGCGUGAUAAAAUUAUGCGUAAACAGUAUCAAGUUCUGAUGAUGAUUUUCAUGUGAACUUUUGUGACCUCACUCUUUGACUUAUGAGCCGAGAUGGCGUUGCUCUCGAAUCAUCACAACAGCUAUCAAACAUCAUCGGAAAUGAUUGAUCAAGCAUUUCCAACGCCUAGUAGAAAUUAUGAUCCGCUUUAUCCGUCGCCUUACAAUUCGCCUAAUUACGAGACUAUGAGGAGCUCGUACAGGGAUGGAUAUCAGAUGGAGGGUUGCGUUACCCCUAGAAGAGAAUUUGAAAAUUUGGAUUUUGGCAGAGAAUCUAUGGAGUACACUAGGACUCCUGAAGGAUAUGAAAGAGCCCCUUAUGGAGUUUUGACACCAUUGACACCUCAGAGAUACGAUCCACAACAUUCUAUUGAUCAUACAACAUCACCGAGAUCUACCCUGUACGAAGAAAAUUCCAUGGAAUAUCAAAAUCCCAUGUACUGCUACGAGACGCCACCCCAGGAACCAAGAUAUCAUCCCCUGGAGAACAAAGUCCAGUCGAAUCCGGAAUCACAAGCGCCGUGGGAUCCAGUGACGGCGGCUCAUAAAAUUCAGUCUUCACCAACUUCCAGUCCAAGAAGAGGUCGUCGAAGAUCCAGGGACGUACCACCGUCCCCCAGCGUCUUGAAGCGUCGUCGUCUCGCUGCCAAUGCACGUGAAAGACGUCGCAUGAACGGCUUGAACGACGCUUUCGAUAAACUCCGUGAAGUUGUCCCCAGUUUAGGCGCCGAUCACAAGCUCAGUAAAUUCGAGACGCUGCAGAUGGCGCAGACCUACAUUGCUGCGCUUUGUGAUCUUCUGGAAAGACACGACGGGAAGAGAUAAGUGAAUUAAUUAGUUAAAUAGUUAAGACGUAUGUAAAGUUAAUUUUUGGGAGGUUAAGUAUAAAUAGACAGAUAGAUUAUUAAUAAGGAAUUAAAUAAGUUAUUGUAUCGUUGAGGAUCAUACGGCAGAUACCAAAGACGGGUGAGUUUUGAGUAUUUAUAUUAGUUUUUAUAAAAAGAUGGACAGCUAAUGAUCCAAAGACUAAUUAUUGCCUUAUCGUGUUGCCAUUGUGCAAAUGACAAUAAUCGAUGGUAAUGAUACUUAAUAUUUAAAUUGUGCGAAUUCCUAAUUAGCUCAUAAUUAUGUAUUAGAUCAUGCGUGAAUUCCGUGCCUUAGGUGGACACUCGUAUUUUUAAUUAUUAUAUAAUACGUUUUAACGUAUCAGGUCCCUUAAUGUGUCCGUCCAUUUUUAAUGACCACGUGAUUACUAAGUAUUUAGUGUAUAGUGCUUUUUUUGUUUGUCUUAUCAUUUUUUUUUUACGUUUGUAUCUAGUCAGAGAUUUGUGUAAAUUCAAUUGCGUCCAGUACGUUUCUUUUAUAUCUAUUUCCUAUGAAAACUAUGCGCUUUAGAAUUUCACCUAGUAUAUUUUAAUCAGCAGUUAGUUUCCUCUUAAUUUAGACAAUCACCGCAAGACUUAAUUUUUACCAUAAAGGAUAUCGUGUUCGCCAAAGAAAAAUUGUAAAUAGCCAAAAUAGCACUUUGUGUGGCCAAAGAAACGAGAAAAAAUAAGUCCCCUAUACAGAACCCUCAAGAGAUUAAAACGUCCCGAAGACCUCUUUGUAUUUUUCGAAAAAUUUUAAUAAACAGAAAUUAAU